CCUGGGGUUUCCCUCUUGGAGAAUGGGAUCCCUGUGAGGCAGGCUGCGGGUCUCCGAUUACAGGCGCGGCCUGCUGUCAGUCCCAGUAUGCGGCAGGCUAUUGGUGGGGUGUGCGGGGCAGGGGGAUGGCGGGAGGAGGGGAGAAGCCGCUCUGCAGGAUCUGUCAUGACGAGGAGGGAGGGGAGAAGGAAGCUCGGAGCAGGCGGAGGACGGUGUGAGAGCAGAUUGUGGAGACACUGCAGCCAUGUGCCUUGUGCAGCCCCCAUCACCGCCCCAUAGUCUGUCCAUGUAGCCGGGAGCCCCCCCUGCCCCAGGAUCACCGGUCUCUUCCGUCUAUAGUGUCUUCUGGAGGAGCCAUGGAGAGGAGAAGUUCUGCAGAUCAAUGUCACCCUCUGCUGGAGGAGGCACCACAGCCUGACAGUGCUGCCAAGGGGGACAAGAGGUUCCGCUUGUGGUAUGUGGGGUGGUCAUCCCUAGACCGAAGGACAAGUCUACCUAUGCUGCCAUGGCUAGUGGCAGAGAUCCGCAGGCGGGCAGAGAGGCAGGAGCCCCCCGGCUGUGUGGCACCAUGUCGGGAGGUCCAGCUCCUCUUGGUUGCCCCGCACCUUCGCUGUGUGCCAGCCUUGAAUGGAGCCAGUGGCAACACAGCGGUCUUCAUCUUUGAGCACAAGGCACAGCACAUCGCCCGCUUCAUCCAUAACAGCCAGGACCCCUCAUACUUCGCCUACUUGAUAAAGACCCAGCCUGACAACCCGGAGUCUGAGAUGGCCUGCCAUGUCUUCAAGGCUGCUGACCCCAGUCAGGUUUCCACGGUCAUCAGUAGCAUUCGACAGGUUUCCAAAGUUGCCCUGAAGGAAGAUUCAAAGCCCAGCAAAGACAGCGAAGAUGCCUUUUAUAACUCCCAGAAGUUUGAGGUUUUAUAUUGUGGGAAGGUGGUUAUUGCUCAUAAAAAUGCUCCUCCAACUAUUAUUGAUGACUGUAUUGAAAAAUUCUGUUUGCAUGAACGUCAGCGUCUGAAACUGCUGAGUGAGCAACGGAGUGUGGACUCCAGCUGUGACCUCUCAUUGGCGGAGAUUGACGUACCAAUUUCUCCAUCCGAUUGUACAUUUCAAGAACUGAACACUGACUCUAAUGCCAAUCCUGCCUCCAGGAACAAUUCAGGGAUAUUUACAGUAGGUAGCCAGAGCAAUCUUGCUGGUAUGCGGGUAUCUUUUCCUGAGAGGAUACUUGAAGACUCAGGCUUUGAGGACCAGCAAGAGUUUAGGUCUAGAUGUAGUAGUGUUACAAUUCAGAAGAAGGCUUAUGAUGGAAAGAUACAGUCAAGAAGAAGACAUGCAAGCGCACCAAGCCAUGUACAACCAUCAGACUCUGAAAAGAACAGAACAAUGCUCUUUCAGGUUGGAAGGUUUGAAAUUAAUCUUAUAAGUCCGGAUACCAAAUCUGUAGUACUGGAAAAGAACUUCAAAGAUAUAUCCUCAUGUUCUCAGGGCAUUAAACACAUUGACCACUUUGGUUUUGUCUGCCGUGAAAGUGUGGAGCCUGGUAUAAACCAGUAUGUUUGCUACGUCUUCCAAUGUGCCACAGAAGCUUUGGUGGAUGAAGUCAUGCUGACCUUAAAGCAAGCUUUUAGCACUGCUGCUGCUCUCCAGAAUUCCAAGACGCAGGUCCAGCUUUGUGAGGCCUGUCCUAUGCACGCUCUACACAAACUCUGUGAGCGAAUUGAAGGGCUGUACCCACCAAGAGCCAAGCUGGUAAUACAGCGACAACUGUCUCUGCUCUCUGAUAAUGAACAAGCGGACAUUUUUGAAAAAGUCCAGAAAAUGAAAGCGGCCAGUGACCAAGAGGAGAAUGAGCUUGUAAUACUUCAUUUAAGACAGCUGUGUGAAGCCAAACAGAAAACUCAUAUUCAUAUUGGAGAAAUGCAGACGAGCUUGUCAAGCAGCUCAAUUCCAGAGAACACUGCCCCAAGUGGUCGGUUCAAGCUAGAUAUUUUGAAGAACAAGGCAAAGAAGUCCCUGACCAGCUCUCUGGAAAACAUCUUCUCCAGGGGGGCAAAUCGAAUGAGAGGCCGACUGGGCAGUAUGGACAGCUUUGAUCGCUGCAACAGCUUUGCUUCUGACAAGGACGGCUCACCUGGAGAUUCUCCACCUGCCACACCACCAUCUUCUCCUGUGUCCUCGUCUUGGCAGUCAUUUCCAGAAGAAGAUCCAGACUCUCCCCAGUUUCGCAGACGGGCUCACACUUUUAGCCACCCUACAUCGAGCACCAAGAAAAGGAUAAGCUUUCCUGAUGCAAAGUCACCAAACAGCAAGUCUCCCCUCCAGAGGCAGCACUCCGUAGCCUGUGAUGGGGGGCAGAGCAGCCCUGUUCCCAUUGUCCGACGUGUCCGCACUAAGAGCGAGUCUGCAUCCUCCAGUCUCCCCUCAUCCUUUUCUACCCCUUCUUUCCUGAAAAGUUUUUACCAGGGUUCAGGGAGACGUCCAUCACAGUCUGAAAGUGAUGUUCUUAAGAGUGAAUGCGAAGGAAGAAGGAGGACAUUCUCGUCAUGCAGUAAUGACUCCUUAAAUGCAUCUGGCACUCCUCUCACACCACGCCAAAUCUCGUGGCGCCAGCGGAUUUUCCUCAGGGUAGCUUCACCAAUGGUCAACUCUCCCUCAGAUAUGCAGCAUAAUGAACAUUUAGAUGGAAAUUAUUUGCUGCCAUUGUCUCCCCUUCCGCCAACCAUGGAGGAGGACCCUCUAGCAUCUCUUCUCCAGGAUGACAAUGCUGCUGAAGGUACCGAUGGGAAACGCACUGCUGAAGAUUUCCAAAGGCUGUGGAAGAAGGCAAUACAUCAACAGAUUUUAUUAUUGAGAAUGGAAAAGGAGAACCUAAAACUUGAAGCGAGCAGAGAUGAGCUGCAGUCUAGAAAAAUUAAGCUAGAUUAUGAGGAAGUUGGAACUUGUCAAAAGGAAGUAUCAAAUCUCUGGGAUAAGAAAUUAAACUGCAGAACUAAAAUCCGCUUCGAUAUGGAAGAGAUAUAUGCAACACUAAAAGAAGGUGUCCCAAAAUGUAAACGGGGGGAAAUAUGGCAAUUCCUUUCUGUGCAAUACCGUCUGAGGCACCGACUUCCAAGCCAACAGCAGCCAUCAGAUAUAACCUACUGUGAUCUCCUGAAGCAACUCACAGCUCAACAGCAUGCAAUCCUUGUCGAUCUUGGUAGGACUUUUCCAACUCACCCUUACUUCUCUGCCCAGCUUGGAGCCGGACAGCUUUCUCUGUAUAACCUUCUUAAAGCGUAUUCUUUGCUUGACAAGGAAGUUGGCUAUUGCCAGGGGAUCAGUUUUGUGGCUGGAGUACUUUUACUACAUAUGAGUGAACCUCAAGCCUUUGAGAUGCUAAAAUUUCUUAUGUAUGACCUUGCAUUCCGGAAGCAGUAUCGCCCAGAUAUGAUCUCCCUUCAGAUACAAAUGUACCAACUUUCACGCCUUCUGCAUGACUAUCACAGAGAUCUUUACAACCAUCUGGAAGAGAAUGAGAUCAGCCCAAGCCUUUAUGCUGCUCCCUGGUUCCUGACAUUAUUUGCCUCACAGUUUCCUCUAGGAUUUGUUGCCAGAGUUUUUGAUAUGAUUUUUGUACAAGGAACUGAAGUCAUUUUCAAAGUGGCACUUAGUUUUCUCAGUAAUAAUAAAGAAUGUAUCAUGGCAUGUGACAGUUUUGAGAGUAUAGUGGAUUUUCUGAAGGUCAAUAUUCCUGAUAUGACAAAGGACACUAUGGACAAAAUUAUAAUCCAGGUAUUUGAGAUGGACAUCUCUAAGCAGCUCCAUGCUUAUGAGGUUGAAUAUCAUGUAAUUAAUGAUGAAAUUCUGGAAACAUCGAAUCCAUCUGAUGACACAGAGGCUUUCCAGAAGCUUGAGAAGGCAAACAACCAGCUGAAGAGGCAGAACAUGGAUCUCCUGGAAAAGUUACAGGUAGCCCACACCAAGAUUCAGGGUUUGGAAGCCAAUAUUGAAAACGCUUUAUCCAGAGAAAACAAAAUGAGAAAUGUUAUCCGAUCUUUGGAACAAAAAAAAUCAGCUUAUCAAAAGAUGGUGGAACAAAUGAGGAAAUACGUGCCAGUUCAAGUGCUGACAGACUGUGAACUUUUGCUUAAGGAUGUUAGCUGUAGCCCAAACAACAAAACAAAGGCGGGAAGUAAGCAAUAAAAGACCAAGCUAGUGCUUCUCCAGCAUUCAGCAUAUGCUGUUUCCUCAAAACCAAAAAUGAUGCAUGCUCUGGAGGAGGACUGCGCAUUACAGUGCAUGCUUCAUGGCCUCUUUGAGGGUGUGGGGGCUCUUUCUGGGCACAGUUCCAUUAUGGCUGAAGUAGCCUGUAGACACUGUUAAUAAUAAGGAACAGCUAAACACCAUCUGAAAUAUGAAAGAAAAUGCCUCCAUAAUAUCCGUUCAUAAAAAAUCUAGUGAUAAUAGACGGAAUUGAAGAAAAGGGAAAGUGAUUUCAUAACAUUGUGUUCACAUAAGAGCUGUUACUGGAAAUCGCCACUCAGCGAGAAGCUAUUUUAUAUCACUUGUUGGUAGUGUCCUUGUAGAACACCGAGAUCAGGAGAGUAAUAAUACUUGAAAAUGAAUGUUUCCCAAAGAGCAUCAUAUUCACACUUCUCAUGUGAAGUGUCUCGAAGAACUUACGGAUUUUUCUUUGUGCCUGCCAUUGAUUCUACUGACAUUUGUUACACGUGUAGAGUUUUUAUAAAGCGAUCACUACAUGAUGUUUUGUGAUGGGAUGAUGCCAUAGUUGUACUAUGAACAUUCACAUAUGUUUUUAUUUCAGCUUUAGCAUUGCUACUUAUGAACGAGUACACAAGAUGUGCUGAUUUCUGUGUUAUUGCGGUCUAUCUAGAGCACUGGUUUUCUUAAAGCCCAUGUUUUGAACACCAUUUUUUUUUUUGUUUUCUUUUUGUUCGUUUUUUUUUUUUUUACUGAUCCCUUACAUUCGCAUUUACAGGAGUUAUUCAGGAUAAGAAAAACAUUGCUGCUUUCUUCCAAAAACAGCAUCACACCUGUCUCUUUCCUCAGAUUGUAUGUGGUAUUAAAGGGGUACUCUGUUCCGAAUGCUGGAGCUGGUGCCAGGAGCUCGUGACAUUAUAGCCCCGCCCCCUCAUGAUGUCACGCCCCCUCAGUGCAAGUCUAUGGGAGGGGGCGUGACGCCAUGAGGAGGCAAGGCUAUGACGUCACGCGACGCCGGCUCCAGCAUUCGAAAGUACACCUUUAAACCCCAAUCGCCGUCGUGCCCCCUUCCCAUACACUUUCUUUGAGGGGGCGGGUGUGAGGUCACAAGGGGCGGCCCUGAACACGGCAGCCUGCACACACAUAGUUCGGAACAAUAACUUCCAGAUGCUGGAAAGCAAAGCUCCGACAGCAAGGUAACAGAGUACCCCUUUAAGCAAUUUUUUAAAUAUGUAUGUGAGUGUGCCAAGGUUUUGACAUUAAAUGACUGUAAAUUGUUAUUUUUGGCAUCUUGGGAUGUCAGUGUCUAUCGUGAUCCAGUUGAUGAUAUAUCUGUGGCUGCACUGCACACAAAACUGUGCAUGCAAAGGGAUGUGAUUUUUAUUGUUUCCACACAUUGAAUGCCUUUUAGAUAUGAUAUAUAUAUAUAUAUAUAUAUAUAUAUAUAUGCAUUCACUUCUCAUGCACUGGUCAAUAUACCAUAUGUUAAACUGAAAGUAAUGUCCACAUUUGUUUUCAUUUUUAUCUCUAUAGUAAAAUUCUAGGGAAAUGUGUAAUGUACUUCCUUACACAUUCACCUGUCAUUUUUGUAUAAUCCUUUCGGUCUUCAGGCCACAAUUUCCAAGAAUAGAAACCAAAAAGGGUUUAGGAUGAGUGCAAGAAUGGCAACGUUUAAUAUUUUAGGACAAAUAUAAUAUAAAAACACUAGACCAAAACAAUAAAUUGAUCAGACCUUUUUUUUUUUUUUUUUUUUUUCAUUUUUCAAAUUCUGGAACAUGAUUUACACCAUUUAAGAGACUGGCUUGGCUAAUUAAAUACCCAGUCAUGUUCUAUGGCUUUUUAAAGGUGUCAAUCACUGUAUUGAAGGGAAAGCUACCUUCAAAAAGUGAUGUCAGAGAUCUGCUUUGCAUAUCCUUUUUUUUCCCCAAAAUUCCCAGUGGAGCAUGAAUGGCCUAUUAGUCUCCACAUGUCUUUAUGGCACUCUCCUGAAGGAGAAACAUUACCCCAUUGGUUCAAGGUCUAGGUGCUAAUAUAAUGAAUAAUGGAAUAUGAUUGUAAUAUAUCAUUUUUAUUGAACAAUGAUUAAAGUGUACCUCCAUUGAAUUCAAGUUUUUAAUCUGAAACUAAAAUAUAAGUGCCCUCUGCUGCUGAGAGGCUUCAUUCACUUGCAGGUUGCACAUUCUAUUAAUUUUAAUACUGGGCAGAGAAAUUGGAGAUCUGAAUUGUGGUAACUCUAACCUCCUCCCUACUGAUUUAGGAGUGAGACAGCUAAAGUGAAUAUCUUACCCAGACAUGGAGCCACAAGCUGUCUGUGCAACUGUAGAGAGAACCUGCUAACAAAGUCCUGUGAUUACAGCAGCCUGGGCAAUCUUUUAAGUAGGAACUCUUUCUUGCUCAGUUUCUGCAGCUUAUUCUGGGAACUGGAGGAAUGACAAGUGUAACAAAAACUAAGAGUAUACAGCAACCAGUAAGUGACCAGCAACCAUGCUGCAUCAUUACUGUGGCUGUUUCAAGGCAGAAAAUAACUUCCUGAAUUAGAAGGAAGAAGAGGUCUUAAGUCUUCUAAACGUAUUGUACAAGAGGGUCUAAGUGCGCUGGGAAGUUUUUAUGUUCCACCCGUGGAAUAUAUUACAUAUUUCAUCUACAUAAAUCUGGUAAACCCAUCUCAAUCUUGUGACACACAUUGUGGAUAUAUAUAUAUAUAUAGAUAGAUAGCUAGAUAGAGAUAUAUUCUUAGUUUCUUCUUGGAUAUGGAGGAAUUGAGAAUUUUAUUCUAAAAUCUAGAAGGACCCAAUGUAAGGGGGAAGUAAUUGAUUGGGAAAAUAUAUUUUUUCCCCUUUUAGUGUCAUGCAGAACUUUUUAAAAAGAUCCAGGUUCAACAAUACAAAGUUAUAUAUGUUAAAUGUCAUAUCUACUCACUGUCAUUGUUGCCAACACGUGCAAUUGCUCCUUGUUAUCAUAUACCCACAGCAUCUCUCUACCCAUCUGUCUAUUGAUCUAUUCAUAUAUCUAUUAGUCUAGAAAAACAUCAUGUAGUUCAAUAGGUUCAACUUUUAAAGGGGUACUCUGGUGGAAAACAUUUUUUUUUUUUAAAUCAACUGGUGCGUGAAAGGUAAACAAUUUGUAAAUUACUUUUAUUUAAAAAUCUUAAUCCUUCCAGUACUUAUCAGCUGCUGUAUGCUCCAGAGGAAGUUCUUUUCUUUUUGAAUUUCUUUUAUAUUUGACCACAGUGCUCUCUGCUGACACCUCUGUUCAUGUCAGGAACUAUCCAGAGCAGGAGCAAAUCCCCAUAGCAAUCCUCUCCUACUCUGGACAGUUCCUGACAUGGACAGAGGUGUCAGCAGAGAGCACUGUGGUCAGACUAAAAAGAACAACUUAAUCUCCUGUGGAGUACUGGAAGGAUAACAUUUGUAAAUAGAAGUAAUUUACAAAUUCUUUCUGGCACCAGUUGAAAAAAAAAAUUUCCACCAGAGUACUGCUUUAAAUGAGUCUGUUUAUUUUUAUGAUAAAAUGUGCCUUCAAGGCUGGAAUUAGCAUCACUAGAACUGAAUAAGACAUUUUUGGGCAUCUUGUCUCUAAAACCUUCAGUUUGGGAUUCAAGGAUUCAGCUCUUGUUUUUAUUAUUAUAUUCAGGAUAUCUGGUUAUGUUACCUUUUUUUUAACAUAAUGUUUUGAAAAUGUGUGUGAAAGAAAAGAAGUUACAAUUGAGCCUUUUCCCCAAACCAGAUCAUUUGUUACAUGGCCUUGCGGUAGGGAUCCCUGCACUUGCUUUAUAACAUACACCUUAUUGCUUUUAAACAGUAGGCAAUAUUUUAAGUACUUAUAAAAUAAAUGCACUUGGACAAUAUCUGUCUCCAGAACAGUUUUUGCUGUUUCAGAAAUCUUCGGACAUGACAUAGUGACAGGUCAGAAAUUCUAAAUUGCGGUCCAUGAAUCUGACACCACCUCAGUUUGGCUCUUUUACUGAUAUGGGCAGAACCAAGCAGAGUGCUGUAGGUGUAACAGCGCAGACUGGUUACUGAAUGGCAGAUCUCAGCUUCACCUACAGUGGCUUUUCCUAGGUUGUUACUGUGGCUCUCAGUACUCAUUACAGGAGAGCUGUGGAAUGACAAGCAGUAGUAAGCAAAACUUACAAGUACAUAUCGAUACUGAAAGGUAACAAGAAUGACAUGAUGAAUGAUUGGAGGAUGAUGCAAACGAAUCAUAAUGAUGGCUGUCAGGAAUAAAACUGAAGAUUAAUGUGGACAAAUACAAGGACUGGACUUAACUAACUCUCCUUAAUCUCUCCCUAAACUCUAAGCUAACACAACUAAACACCAAACCUCCCAAUGCAAAUAUCAAUAUAACACAAAAUUGAAUCCAGAAAUGCAGAAGGACCAACACCCCCCCCAGUCUAAGGAAGAUUUUGUUCCGAACGCUUGGAGUGGGGGUCACAACGUCAUGGCCACAGCCCUCGUGACAUCACACUACACCCCCUCAAUGCAAGUCUAUAGGAGGGGGCAUGGCGGCAGCCACACCCCCACCCAUAGAGUUGUAUUGAGGGGGCAUGGCCAUGAUGUCACCCCCACCCAUAGAGUUGCAUUGAGGGGGCAUGGCCAUGAUGUCACCCCCACCCAUAGAGUUGCAUUGAGGGGGCAUGGCCAUGAUGUCACGACCCUCGCACCCAGCGGUCUAAACGAACGCCAGGUGCUGCACAGAGAUCAUGGGGGUCCCAGCUGCAGGACCCCCGCAAUGAGACCUCUUAUCCCCAUUGGAUAGAGGAUAAGAUGUCUAGGGGUGGAGUACCCCUUUAACUAACCAGGACAGGCAGUAGAUGGAUCAGCUGUGAGACCAUUGCAACUGCCUUAAACUAUUAGAAGAAGAGAUUCCUUAACAGUAGGAGGUUUAUGAACUGUAUACUACUCACCCUGCCUCUUGCAUGAGAGCAAGAGGGAAAAAAAACCCUAACAAAGCAAAAAAGCCCCUAUUUUCCAGUUAAUAAUAGAAAUAGUAGCAGCCUGAAUCUACCGAUCAAAGCUUGUGACGUCACAAUGACGUGAAGUUUUCUGAAACAAUAGUUAUACUUACAAGGGGAUGUCCACUGCUGCAAGCAUUCCAAACAGCUGACCGAGUAACAUGGCAUGUGGGGCACUAGUACUACCUUAAAACACCUUUAUUCACCCAGUCCAAAGAGACUGUUUUGAGCUGGCAUGCCUCACCCGCUCUUCCAACAAUGACAGACUGCACAUUUUGCAAUGCUGGGUCCAGGUGAGAGGAGCGGAGAGGCUUGCCAGGACUGGAUAAUUUAAAGGUGAUUUUCUCAAAUAUAAAGGUUGUGUGUGUAUUAUGUUAGUCUGUCAGCUGUUUGGAAUGCCUGCAGCAGCUGAAAUUCCCUUUAAGUAAGGAGAAUUCCCUUUAAGUAAGGAGUGCCUGCAUUAGUUCUGCCCAUAUGUGCUCCACCAACAGAUGCCUUGAUCAGGGAUAUGCCAUGUUUCUCCUUUAGCUCUAAUAGGGGAUCUUACUUAAAGGGGUACUCCACCUCCCAUUGACGUGCAUUGAGGGGGUGUGGCCGUGAUGUCGAGGGGGCGUGGCCGACCCCCCCCCCCAGCACGAAAACAGCGUUCGGAACAUUUCCAAACGCUGGUCAGUGGAGUACCCCUUUUAAAGGGGCUGUCUUAGUGGCAAAUGACUUUAAAAACAUGUUCACAUCAGGUUAUUGUCGCCAGCUGUUGUUGGUUUUCCUCUUAGUAAUGUUAGUUAUCAGCAUAGCUCCCUUAUGCACUAGAGAAACUACUGUAAUAAAAAACUGUACAGUGGGAGUUGUAGUUUUGCAACAUCUGGAGGUCCGCAGGUUGAAGACCACUGGUAUUGAAGGUUAUACUGACGUGUCCCCGCCGCUUCAGACCGUCACCGCUGCCCUGGAUGUCGCCUUCCAUCGCUGUUGCCGCGUCCCCGUGGUGUCCCCGACGCUCCGGCAAGGCCUCUCCUUCCCCGGCAUCCUCGCUCUCAGUCGCCGCCAUCACGUCAUUACGUAUGCCGCUCCUAUUGAAUGACGGGACGGCGUGCGCAGCGACGUGAUGGCGAUGAUGAAGAGCGCCGGCGAUGCAAAGGAUCCCAAAGAGGACGGGACGGAGCGCCGAGGACAGGUAAGUGAUCGUCAGCGGACCACACGGGGCACCGUAAACGGCUAUCUGGUGGCAGCUGAAGCAGUCUGCGCUGCCGGAUAGCCGUUUAUGCGAUGGCCCCGACAUACAAAAGCAUCGUAUGUUGAUGCUGCCUUCAACAUGUGAUGGCCUCUGAGAGGCAAUCGUAUGUUGAAAUUAUAGUAUUUCGGGGCCAUCGUAGGUCGGGGGGUCACUGUAUCAAAAAUAUAAAUUGAAAUGAUGUCAAAAAUUGCAUCAGUGUCUUUUUCACCCCAAAGGUUUUAGCUCUUUUCGACUGCGUGCUCUGUCGGACUGACACAUCCUCUAAUUCCCAAUAUCUGAAUACUACACUCAAUAGGAAAGCAUCUUUACUACAAAAUGACCUCUCUACUGUAUGGCCUGGGUUAUUCAGCGGCUUAUGUUACAUGACGCCCAGUGAAGUCUGUUGUGUUGGUCGUGCACGAUUUCAUAUUGUGGCUGUAUAAGGUGGCAUAUCUCCAUGCAUUCCUUGGCACAAAAAUAAAUCCAAAAUUCACAACUCUUUUAAUAUUGCUGAUGUUAUGUCUCUGAACAAUGUUGUAUUGGGAAAGCUUCUACCAGUGACUGUAAUUUAGGAUAUGUCUGGAAGGAACCUCAGAACCGUCCUGCCCCUGCUGAAUCCUACAUAACAUAUAAACAAUUUUCCACAAGCAACAAAGUGUCCAGAGCGCAGAAGGAACUUCAUCUUUGUCACUGUUCCUUCCUGUAUGAUUCACAUAGGUAUUUUGGCACAAUAAAUAGGGGUUGUUCUUUUUUUGCAGCAAGAUUCAGUGAAGGUAAAAUCACUAUUAUUUUGAUAUAUAAUCUGGGUAAAGAUCCCCCUGUCAGCCCUUGUGCAUUCUUUUACUAUUAAUAUGAUGUCAAUGUGCAAACAUGUGCCAAGCCUGAAUAUGUUCUCCAUCCUGAUUGAUAUUGCUACGUGUCUGCUCCCUAUGCAAUGAUUCACUGAAAGCACCAGUCUCUCUUCUCCACAAAAAAAUGAAUAAAAUGUCUGUUUAAA